UCUUAGAUAUCUCCCCAGUAGUAAAGGGAGCGGUAGCUGCGGAGGACGCGUACACAGAGGUUACCCACUUCGUUCUUUUCUCCCCCCAAGUAUAUCGUUUACGCACGGCCUUGUAUUUCAGGACUACAGCUGGAAAAGCCGCCACCCUUCAGUGAGAGGUGGAUAAAGACAUUGUGGUGUAACCACCCCUGAGGAAUGAUGUCUUGCACCACCGUAACAAAAUCUUUUCUCUGCUCUCCAUUGGACGAUAUGCCAAGCUCACACCUGCACUCAUGUGCAUCUGUACAUGGAAGAGUCCCCUCUGCUCUUGAAAACCAGAAGCUUUGUUCCAAAGCAAGCUUAUCUGAAUUGGUUGUGCAGAUGAAUGCAAAGAACCUUAAAGCCGUGUCAGAAUUUGUCCAAAAACAUUACGGCGAGUUGAUAAAGUUCACACAAGUACAGAUAACUGUUCAUGAUCUUAAUGGCACUAUCUACAUGGGGCAGACAUAUCUGAAAGAAGGCUGGGAAGAGUCAUAUCUUCCAAAAAUAACAAGAAUGGAGGUGUUUGGCACUCUGGAGGUGGACUAUGUGGACAUUUCUCCCUGCCCCAGUGAGCAGUGGGUCAUACUGGUGGGAGAAGAUGGAUGUGUCUAUGCUUAUUGGAAUGAAGAGCUGAAGUUAAUUGCAAAAAGCCUAAAAGAAUUUGUAGAAUGCGGCAAGAUGAAAGUUUAUGCAUCGUAUCUGUAUUCUGAAUCCAGUGAUGAGGAUGCUGAAUCUACAAAACAAAGUGAAGAAAUACAGAAAAUCCGGCAAAGAACAAGGGAUUUUGUGAACAACAAUGCAGAUGAGUUUAAAAAGUUCCUGGCUAAAAUAAAAUCACUGAAACAAACAUGAACUCUGCUCUACAGCAAGAAGGUGUCUUACAGGACAUGGUCUAUUUUCUUGCGGUGCUCUUCGUAUCCAUUCAGUCCCCAUAGAGAAUGAAUGGGUCGCACACUUGCGGACCCGUGAAUGGAGCCUUUGUGUGGAACCUGAAUGAUGGGUGGGCCCCAAGUAAUUCAAUAACAAAGCCUUGUGGAUUAUUUCACUUCAACUUGCUGUAAUCUCCUGACCGUUCCUACAUGUCCCAGAGCAGAGAGCACUCAUGUACAAUCAGGUGACGCUAAUGUGAAAAAGGUGUCCUUGCAUAGCUUCCAUAAAAUGGCGUGCACAGUUGUCUGGUAGCCACGCGGCGAGGUGCCGGCUCAGCCAUUAACCAGUAGUGCAAACCUUCUGGCAAUUCUUUUAUAUGUGCCACAUUAGGGCAUUUGUAUUAUUUUCAGAGCAGGCAGAGCGAUGGCCGUAGAUCAGUCGUGUGAAAUUUGCUCUCAAUUCUUGUUUAUAGAAUGGGAUUUACUAAACAAAGACCACCAGAAUCCCUUACAAAGGGGGCCUUACAGUAGCCAAGCCCUGUGGCUUAUUGACAUGUUCAACACCAAUUCAUGUUCUCUUCAUUGUCCUGGUACGCAGAGCAGCCAUGUCCGAGCUACAUUGUAUUCAACACUGAUGCAUCACCAUCCCGGAGGAAGGCAUUGGAAAAUCAAUAAACUGGAGUUGGUCCAUGGAAAUCCCACAAUUCCAGAUGGAUACGUUUCCACUUUUGAUGUUUUGGAGACAUAUGGGAGAGUGUGGCAGCUGUAGUCUACUUGUCUGCAUGGUCAGUGUGAGGGUAAAUGCAUCUAGACCGGGUGUAUAUUAGUAUCCAGUGUAUAUUCAACUACAAUAGGGUAGUUGAAUAUACACUGAAAUAUCCUUUGGAGGGAGACCAGCAAGAUUCAUUUUCUACAAGAUACAUUCUAUAAUAGAAUUUCUUAAUAAAGUGUUAAACUAAA